CUACUUGGGAAAUGGGUUUUUUGCUGUCAAAUGCUUGCUAUUUGAUUCCGUAACUAUGCGUCAUGGAGAUCAUCGCUCGCUCAUUGACACGAGAACUUUGUGUUCGACUUUCUACUCCGAGUUGUCUCUUGUUGCCCAGCUUCAUAUAGUUCAUCCCAACCACACUGCGUCUUCCGAAUAUGUGAAAAUUCUUGCAGCUUCGUUAUAUCCGCCUAGGAUUAUCGACGAUUUAUCAUUGUGGAGACUGGGUUAAGUCUUUUGGAGUGGGAUGCGGAGAGUGGAGUACACGGAAGGAGAAGAGGUUCCUCUGCGACAACGGGAUCUUGAGCGGAAACUUAGGGUGGAUCUCGGAUUCCCCCCUUGGAUUGUCCCUUUUCUGACCUGGAGUGUAUAUCCGGUGAUUGUAGAGUCAGUUUCUUAGCAACUAGGGAAAGGGAGAGACGGAGAGGAGGAGGAACGGAUUCGAAGUCGCGCCUCAUUUGGUCCCCAUGUUUGUGUCUAGAUUGUUGGGUAUUCCCGCAUUCAUCUGUUGCCUAGAUUUCGGUUGGAGUUCUCGACAAAUGUAGUCCUACAAAUUUCGCGAAUGCCUCCGUGAACGCAGCAGAGCUGCUGGAAUGUGUGAAACUUUCUGCAGGUGGGACGUUCUCUACAAACGUGCAAUUAUAAUGUUUUAGAAUUUGGAAGAAAUCAAUAGUUGAAAAACUGGUGGGAAAUAUUUGCAGUAAUUCAAAUUUUCCCUGUUUACAACAACCAAGUUUGUUUGGGUGUUAGAGUAGCCAAGUUUUGGAUAGAUCAUUGCAUGUUAGACCGGAAUGCCAGAUGAACCAUGGGUGAAGAAUAGUACAAGGAGAGUAAAAUUCGCUGGAGAUAACACGAAUUCGUCCCAAAUGGCGUCAGCGUUGAUAUCUGGCACUGGCAACCAGAUCGGUACACCUUCAGCUUCGAAGCACUUCGUAUUUCUUUUAGCACUUGCAGCUGGUAUUGGUGGCUUCCUAUUCGGCUAUGACACAGGUGUCAUAUCAGGAGCACUCUUGUUCAUACGCGAUGACUUCACUUCAGUAAAUAAGAGCUCUUUUUUGCAGGAGGCAAUUGUGAGCAUGGCCAUCGCUGGGGCGGUUGUGGGCGCUGCAGUGGGAGGUUUACUCAAUGAUCGUCUGGGAAGAAGAUUCUGCAUUCUGGGGUCAGAUAUUAUUUUCACAAUCGGUGCUUUACUCAUGGCUGCAGCUCCUGGACCUGGAAUCUUGAUCUGUGGCCGAUUCUUAGUGGGUUUGGGCGUUGGAGUUACGUCCAUGACAGUACCCUUGUACAUAGCAGAGGUCUCACCGCCGAAAAUACGGGGAAGCCUUGUCACUCUUAACGUACUCAUGAUAACUUCCGGCCAAUUUUUGUCAUACCUUAUCAAUCUUGGCUUCACGAAGGUUCCAGGCAACUGGCGCUGGAUGUUGGGCGUUGCAGCAGUCCCAGCGGUGUUGCAAGCAGUUCUCUUCUGUUUUCUGCCCGAAUCCCCUCGAUGGUAUGUUCGUCAGAAAAGAUUCGAUGAAGCAGUUUCUGUGUUGAAGAGGUUGUAUCCUAGUGGCGAAGGCAUUGCAGCAUAUGAUGAAGUGGCAGCCGCCGCUUCAGAGUGGCAUCAUGAAGACAACCCUCAAGCUCAGGGAAUAAAUUUUCGUGAUAUCCUUGUCACCAAGAGGAAACGUAUGGCUCUUACUGCAGGUGUAGGUAUGCAGGUUUUCCAGCAGCUGGUAGGUAUAAACACAGUAAUGUACUACAGCCCUUCCAUUAUAGAAUUCGCAGGGUAUGCAUCACACGAAACUGCACUAUUACUCUCUGCCGGUGUUGCAGCAAUGAACGCCAUCGGCACCGUUGCAGGCAUCUUCCUUAUUGAUCGAUGUGGAAGGAGACGGCUGGCGAUUCUUAGCUUGGUGGGAGUGAUUUCAGCGCUUUGUUUGCUUUCAGUAGCUUUUCAUCUUACCAGUUCUAGCUCACCUAAUAUCAGUUGGGCAGCGCAUCCUGACAAGGCUGAUAUCACAUGUCCUGCUUUCCCUUAUUCUGGCAAUGCGUCGACGUUCGAAUUUCCACCAACAUGCACAGGUUGCUUGCAAGCAAAUUGUGGCUUCUGUGCAGCUGCAAAGGACGAGAUGCUACCAGGAAAUUGCUUUACGUAUACGGAUAAUGCGGGGCACGUAUGCCAAAAUCUUGCGCGAUCGUGGUUCACACGAGGAUGCCCCAGUGAUUACGGAUGGCUUGCAUUAUUAGGUUUAGUGCUGUACUUGCUAGCGUUUGCUCCGGGGAUGGGACCUGUACCGUGGACAGUCAACUCUGAAAUCUAUUCGUUGCAGGACAGGGGCGUAUGUGGAGGAAUAGCUGCUACAGCCAAUUGGAUUUCCAACUUCGUAAUUGCACAGACUUUCUUGUCCUUGACUGAUGCAUUGGGGACCUCGAAGACAUUUCUCCUGUUUGCAGGACUGGCUGUGGCAGCGCUUCUCUUUGUUCUUUGUUAUUUACCGGAGACGAAGGGACUGUCUUUUGAGCAGGUCGAGUUGCUCUUCAAAUCACGGGAGAACUCUUCGAGCUGGAUGCCAUUCUUAAACACUGAUGCCGAGUAUGUCCUAAUAGGUGGAGAGCCUGGUUCUAUUGAGUCGUAGGACUUGUGUAGAAAUUCUACCUUUACGGGAUUUCUAUAUUAUUAAGGGAGGGCAAUACCGUUAUGCACGCACUCAUUUGGUGACGGAGGAAUCCGUGGACAAAUUUAUGGAAGACCGGAUUCACAAAAGCAAAAACACGAACGGAGGAGCUCGGCCCUAUCAAAACGACGUCCUGCAUGACAUACGUCUGAACGGGACUUCCAAAUUCAUCUAUCUUUCCAAAGUCACAUGUGGCAUAACCAUUCAUUUCAACGAUCCUCUCCCCAUCCGUUAAAAUCAGAGGGAGCACCAUCUUUCAGUACAGAAACUUUGAAUAGAGGCACGGCGUUCUAAUACACGAUAUCCAGAGGAUCAUUUCUCGUGCCUCCAGAAAAAAAUUAAGCUUGCACGAGGAAGCAAGGAAUCAUGCAGUUCAAAAGCAUCAACGUCCCCCGUCAACUUCCAUUAUCAUACACAUAGCCGAGUUAGAAAAAUUCCUACUUGACGAAGUAGACGAAGGGGACUAAAAGUUCAAAUACAGAAGUCUACCCUGCUUCGUCCAUGUUGACUUUGCUGCUCCACUAGUUCCGAUCAAGAGUAGAGCCAGUGCCGCUUCAAAAUAACAGUUAUGCUGCUGCGAUCCGGCCUGACAGUGGGACGAAGGGUCGCGCCCUCUUCUCGAUGAAAAAACUUCUUGCCAUGACAGCAAGGGAUUCCACAAUUCUCUCAGGAUAUAAAAUGCUGACAAUAGAAAUUCGUCUCGACUUAGAAAUUGAAGAUCAGUACAACUCUAUUAAAUCAAGUAACAAUGACCAAAAAUUUUAAUGCGUCGCUUUCUGUU